GAAAAAAAAUGGCGGUGUCCGCGUAGUUGUAAAAACAUCAUGAAGAAACAUUAAAAUUAAGAUUUAAGCGGCAGCAAGCAGACUGGGACUCACUUUGGUGUAUUAUAGUUAUUAUAUUUCCUCGCUUGGAAUGUCCUAAAUGACAAAACUGUCAUCUGUGGUGUUUUUCUGCGUUAGCUUGCUAGCAUAAUAUCGCUGGAGCAGAAGGAUCUCAUUUGUCAGCUUUUAACGCCAACAAGAUGCCUGCCUUCCGGCAAGUAGGAGAGAAGCAACUUCCUAACCCUGUAUUGUGUAUGGCAUGGUCUCCAAAGAGGGAUCUGAUUGCUCUGGCCAACACAACUGGAGAGUUGCUACUUCACCGCUUGGCUGGUUUCCAGCGUGUUUGGAGCCUACCACCCAGUGAGUAUACUGGGAAGGAGAUCACAGCAAUUGCCUGGAGACCAGAUGGCAAAAUUUUGGCAUUCAGCCUUGGAGACACCAAGCAGGUGGUCCUGUGUGAUGUUGAGAAAGCAGAGAUCCUCCAUGUGUUCCCUAUGCAGAGUCCUGUAACCUGCAUGCACUGGAUGGAGGUGGUUGAGGAGAGCAGUGCCCUCAGCUCUUUUUACAACUCAGAGGACGAAUCCAAACUUUUUCUUCCCAAGCUACCAACUCUCCCCAAGAGCUAUAGCACAACUUCAAAGAUUUUCAGUGAGGAAAAAUCUGACGAGAUACUUAAACUCCUGGGGGACGUUAGACUGAACAUACUUGUUCUUGGAGGAGAUGCAAGCUUUGUGGAGCUUUAUGCCUAUGGGAUGUACAAGAUUGCCACUCUGGAAGGGGUUCUGGGAACGUGCCGCAGCCUGAGUCUGUCCAGUGAUCUUAAGUCUCUGUCUGCCAUCACAGAGGUCAGAUCUGCAGACAACAACCCAGAGAUCUGUUACGUUCAGCUGGACACGGGGUUGCUGUCAGACUGUCUGCCUGAGGUCACCAGGAUGGCACGCAAGUUCACCCAUAUCUCCACCCUGCUACAGUACCUGCACCUUUCACUUACCUGUAUGUGUGAAGCGUGGGAGGAUAUUCUCAUGCAGAUGGAUCUUAGACUCACUAAGUUUGUUCAGGAAAAGAACACAAGCACUCAAGUUCAAGAUGAGUUUCUGGAGCUUCUACUCUGGGGACAAUCCAGCCCUGAACUACAGGCUCUUCUCAUGAACCAGCUGACAGUUAAGGGACUGAAGAAACUUGGACAAUCCAUUGAGUCUUCCUACUCCAGCAUCCAGAAGCUAGUGAUCAGCCACCUGCAGAGUGGCUCCGAGGCGCUGUUGUAUCACCUCAGUGAGGUGAAAGGAAUGGCUCUGUGGAAGCAAAGGUUUGAGCCCCUUGGUUUGGAUGCAGCAGCUAUAGAAGGUGCUAUCACAGCUGUUGGGUCCUUUUCCCUGAAAGCCAGUGAACUUCUGCAGGUGAUUGACAAGAGUAUGAAAAACUUUAAAGCCUUUUUCCGUUGGCUAUAUGUAGCAAUGCUCAGAAUGUGUGAGGAGCAUGUGCCACCGGAACUCAAUAAGAUGACUCAGAAGGACAUUGCCUUUGUUGCUGACUUCUUGUCUGAGCAUUUUAGUGAGAAUGAGGAACUCUUCGGUCGUAAAGGGAAGUACUUCAACGUAGAACGCGUUGGACAGUACCUAAAGGAUGAAGAUGAGGACCUUGUGUCUCCACCCAACACAAAAGGAAACCAGUGGCUGAAGUUUUUACAGGACAGCAUGCACCUCAAAGGGAGUCCUUUGCUGUUUCCUUCAUAUCCCCAAAAGUCUUUGCACUUUGUCAAGAGGAUGAUGGAGAAUGUGAUUGAGGAUUGUCUACAGAAACCUGCAGAAGUAAUUGGAAAAUCAGUAAAACAAGCCAUCUUUUUGCCCUUGUACAACGUGCCUGAGAGCUCUGAAAACACUCCUCGGCUUUUUGAACUUCCAUCUUUGUGGAAUGACAAAAAGGCCAAAAUGCACUAUGUUGUGUUUUGCAUGCCAGAAAUUUCAGCCCACAAACUCUACCUGUUGCGUAGAGGAACAGACCCAAACAGAGCAAUCCCAAACAGUGUCAUGUCGAUUGAUCUCAGCCAUCAUCUUGACAGUGGAGAUGAUGAAAAUGCUGCAGACCAGUUUCAUUAUGUUUACAGCUGCCUGGAUGCUCGUUUUUACGAUGAUGAAAUGCUGACUGUGGUCUUACAAGGAUCCGAAGAACUCAGCAGCAGGCGUCUCCUUGCUCAAAUUCCGAUUUCUUCCGUCUUAAGCUGUGAGACAGAAUUCAACUGGGAGCCAAACCUGAGGUUGGACCAGCAGAGCAGUUCCAUCCCGUGCCAAGGUCUGGUGUUGGGUAAUCAGUGGCGUGAACUGGAAAACAUGAAGGCGCAGUUUGUGGCUGUCAAUGGAAUCCGUAAAGUGGCUUGCGUGCUAAGUGCCAAUCUGAGGCACAUACGUGUUUUUGAGAUGGAUGUGGAAGAUGAAGAUGAUGAGGGAGCUGACUCACAGAAUGCCAGUGCUGACCAGGAUGGGGUGGAAAAUACCAUGAACAGCCAGGGGCAGGGAGAGGCGGAGAGUUUGGAGGCUGAAGCUGGGGCUGGGGAGCAGGGAGGCAGAAAGAGUGUGUUUCAAAAACCUGAGGAGCACCUGGAGUCAGAGGAAGCCCUGGACCUCCCCUGAGACUGAGAAACAAACAAUCUCCAACAAACGAAGCUCCAUCUUUCUUUUUUUAUUACUAUAGUUUUGUUGUUGUUGUUGUGUUUUUUUAACAGCAUUUUG